AUGGAGCCCAGCACACCGGUCAGGUCGACCCUGGCACCCUCGACUGCCUCCAUCGACGAUCUCAGGUCCCGUCGCGACUCCUUCAACUCCAUCUCCACCGUUUCUCAAGUCGAGAAGGAACAGCUUGCGCAAGCCCUCGAUAAGAUUCACACAUCGGCCAGUCAGUCAGACGUCCUGACCACUUUCAACGACUUUACGCCUCCUCCGGCUUCCGUUCCGGCGGACAAUCGAGGUUCGCCCACUGAACUCGUACACCAUGGCAUCAGCGGUCUGUAUAGCCGUCUCAAAGAGGCCGUCGGUGCAGGUGGCAAGGGGUACAUGCCGGAUCUGGAAUCACCAGAGAGGCUGGAUCCUGGGCUAAGAAAGGGAAAGGCACCUGCCGUCCCUCCGACAGCCCGGAGCGAUGGGCUCACAAGCCAAGUCUCAGACCCCUCGCAGGCCACAGCCUCGUCAACUGCAUCUGUGGUACUGCCCGACAGCUACCCAUUGGCCCCACAGUCGUCCAAGGCGUCAUCGGUAGUAACGGUCAGCACAGCCAAGAGUGCGCCGAGCUUGCCGAAGAUUGCAAAAGGGGCUGCUCCGGCGGUCGCCGACACAGCUGUUGCGCCUGUCACGGUCAGCGCUUUCAAGGAUGAUGAUGGGCGAGGUGUGACGACGCGCACUGAAGAGAACGGCCGGCGUCCUUUCACCCAGCUGCCCGAACUCAGGACUACAAGCGCUUCAAGGAGCUCCAGUGUCUAUGCACCAAGCGAAUCACGACAUAUCAGCGACAGGGUUAAAGAGCGUUCGAGGCGGCAGGACUCUUUCAGCCACGAUGGCAGCUCCGAUAUGGCUCUGAGCCCAACCAGGACGUCUAGCACGGUGGCAAGUAGGGUUCGCAUUCAUCAGCCACGUCCUUCGGCAGACAGUUUGAGGAAGCCGGCUGUGAUCGACCGCAUCAGCCGUUCCAGGACGUCCGUGGAGGUGCACUCCAGGUCCUCUUCGAUGGAAGGCAAGGCUGAGCCAAGCCCCAUUAACAUGGCGGCGCAUGGCUCUGUGCACCAUGAAUCUUUCCACCAUAACGAGAGACCAGAGAAGCUCUCGAGCGGCCGCGUGCGGAUCCCUGGCACGAGGGCUGUGGAUGGUCCUGGGACAGUGAGCAAAACCCUCGAGGCCAUGAGAAAGCAGGUCACGAGCAAAGAGUUCUGGAUGGCAGAUGAGACGACCAAAGAAUGCUUUCUCUGCGGCGCACCCUUCUCUGCGUUUCGGAGAAAACACCACUGCCGGACAUGUGGCUGUAUCUUCGACUCGAAAUGUACAUCAAACAUCUCUGGCCAGAAGCUGGGAUUUCCCGGCACCCUCAAAGUCUGCAAGACUUGUCUUGAUGUCAUCAACAGCCGUUACGAGGGCGAUUCUGACGAUUCCGACAACGACACCUACCUUCCUGCUAUCUUCCGAUCCAACCCACUGAAGCAGAUUCAAGGUCCCAAGUUAAAGGUGGAUGAUGAUACAAUUAGCAUAUCGGAGAGGGCUGAGGACUACGAUGGAAAUAGAAUGGCAUCAGCCCCCAUGAUGGCCAUCCCGGCCACGAGGAGGAUCAUGGAUGCGAAUAGGCGCUCUGCAGUCCUUGAGAUAGACGCUGGCCCGCAACUGAGUCGACCGAGUUCUUCAAGGUCACUGAGGUCGUUGGCAUCAGGUCGGCCGCAGUCAGCAGGUCAUCGGCGGCAUCUCUCGAAGCACAACUUGCUCGGGAGGCUCAAAGGUUCGCCAGUCCACGACGACUCCGCUCCGUUCCGCAAGUCAGCCAAUGAAGAAUUGCAGCGGAAAUCUAAGCUUCCUGCUUUCCACGACGACAACAUCAUUGACCCUGAGCUUGCUCCCUACAUGUCUGAGGAGUCCAGCGGGGACGAGCAGCAAAUGAGCAUUUUCGCCACAAUGAACAGCAGCGACAUCACUCCUUCGAGUCUCGACCCGGACAAGUCAAAUUUUGGGCCAUUCUUGAGUGGGAGCCGAAGACAUAGGGUGAUACGAGGCGAGAAGAGCAUCAGCGGCCUCAGCAUCGUGUCUCGUGCGCAGGAUGAUAAUGCCGCCGUCAGCGUUAUAAGCCAUGGAAGGCCGACGCGACGGAGAAAUAUGAGCACUACAAGCCAGACUGGAUACCACAUGCGGUCGCCGCGGCCGCGGUCGGGAAUAUUCAAACUGCCAGGCCCUGGAGUGUCAGUUGAAUCACUGGCUGUCUUUGAUCCGUCGACGCCAGUCGAGCCGACCAAACUGGUGAGGAGCCGUUCCCUCCGACAAAAGCCUGUGCAAGACGAAGUGCUCCCAGAGGCCAGCCUGCAGCAUGUCAAGAAGCUGUUCGGACAGCUCUUGCAGGACGCCGAGGUCCCAAACCCCUCGGCCUGGGAGAGGGCGUUGAUCCCCAUCCUCAUUCGGUGUUCGAGUGAUGUGGAUCCUGACACCCGAGUGGGGGAUCUGAUGGAUAUACGUCACUACGUGAAGCUGAAGAAGAUACCAGGAGGCAAGCCUGGAGACACUAGCUAUGUGUCCGGCGUGAUCUUCACCAAAAAUCUUGCUCUGAAAAGCAUGCCGCGGCGAAUUGCCAGCCCGCGCAUCGUCAUUGUGUCGUUUCCGAUCGAGUACCAACGUCACCAGCAACAUCAUUUUAUGAGUCUGCAGCCUGUCAUAGAGCAGGAGAAGGAGUAUCUGCGUAUGGUUGUGAACCGUAUCAUCAAUCUUCGUCCUCAAGUACUGCUCGCGCACAAAGCUGUCUCGGGUGUCGCGCUGCAAUACCUCUCCGAGGCAGGCAUAGCUGUCGUUUACAACGUGAAGCUGGCGGUCAUCGAGGCCGUGUCACGAUGUGCCAAAGCGGAUAUUAUCGAGUCGCUGGACAUGUUGGUACUACCAACCCAAGUCGGCCAAGCUGGUGGCUUCGAGGUGAAGACAUAUGUGAACAAUGACUACCCGGGCCGUAAGAAGACUUACAUAUUCAUAUCCGGCUGCAUCAAGUCUCUGGGUUGCACCAUCGCUCUGCGGGGUGCCAACACCCAAGUUCUUCAUAGGAUGAAGAAGGUCACCGAGUUUAUGAUCUACGUUGUUUACAACCUCAAGCUCGAGGCAGCGCUGUUGCGGGAUCACCUGGUCUACAUGGGAACAGACCCAGAGGGUCCACCUGCGCUCACCCCAUCCAGGCCAGACGUUGACCAGAGCCUCGAGUCAUCAGCAAAUCUCAAGAACAAGGACGCAGCAGAACCCAUCUCAACACAAGAGGAGCCAGCAGGCGAGAGUCAGCAGAGCAGCCAGCCCAGGUCUGAGGCGGACCCAAUGACGGAAAAGACUCAAUCUCCUGAGGCUUCACAGCCCUCGCUACCGGAAAAGACGCAAAGCUUGCUGUCUCUUCACUCGAUCCACUCAGGUCAUGACAAUCACGUGCCUGAGGACGUACCUGCGCCGCAAUUCUACAGCGACAUGGUCGCCAAGUACAAGACGAAACUCUUGUCGGCUUCACCCUUUGUAAAGUUCACGCAGCCCUACCUGCUCAUGAAAGCUCGAGAGCAGGAACGUCGCCUGGUCUAUCUCAAACGGCUGCGUGACCAGGAUGUCAUCGAGGAGCAGGGAGAGAACGAAAAGGCCAAGCCGCAAAAAUUCCAGCUCAUCAAACCAGAGAUGGUACACGCGAUUGGACAAAAAGCCCCUAGACAAAUCAUGGAGAUCCUCCACGCGGUUCAUGAUGCAGAAUACGACAAGGCUCUUUACAAUUAUCAGACGCAGACACGACAGUGGGAGAACUUCAUUGCAGGGGCUCUGGAUCUCUUUGAUCCGUACUCGCACCAGAACAUUGUUGUUCUUUAUUCCGUCAUCUGCACAGAUACUAAGAUUCCGUGCUCUGAGCCUGGGUUGAUAGCCUUUGGCUUCUACCAUGACGACCCAGAUGACAACAUGGAUCCCGACUGCACGCUCGGACAAUAUAUCGAGGAUCUUUGUGGGAGCGCUGAGUCCAUUUGUCACGCUAAUGGCUGUGACCGGCAAAUGGCUGAGCAUCACCGUACAUAUGUCCACGAUGAGGCUCGCAUCACGGUCUUCAUCGAGAGGAACUCCCCUCUUCCUUUCGAUCCCUCCAUUUUAAGGAGGGACGAGUUGCCCAUGAUGGAUGAUAACGACGUUGAGGACCCCAUCUACCUGUGGAGCUACUGCAAAGUGUGCAAGAAGGACAUGGGCUUCGGGCUGCUGUCCGACGUUGCACGCAAGUACUCCUUUGGCAAAUAUCUCGAGCUGUCAUUUUGGGGCAGAGGCCUCAAAUGCUGGCCCGACCUCCAGUGUCCUCAUGACUAUCAGAAGGAGCACAUCCGCUACUUCAGCUUCCAUGACACAUCGAUGCGGGUUCACUGGGAUCCGAUCGACCUUCUGGAGAUCAUCGUACCGCGCGCCCGUCUCACGUGGAAGGUUGAUCGGGAUCUACGGCUGAAGAACGACAUUUUCACCAAGUCUGAAGAACGUUGGUACCGCUUCAUGACCUCUGUCAAGGCGAGGCUCAAGUCCAUCCGCAUCGACAGCGUGUUGCCCGAGAAAGCCGACAACUGCAAGGCUGAAGUCGAGAGGCUGACCAAGAAGGCGCAAGAGGAUGAGCCCAGACUCAUCCGCGAGCUGCAGUCCACAUACAUCAACUCCAAGUACUACGAGGUCAUCCCUCUCAACGCCGUCAUCCGCACAAUGCUUGAAAGCGUCGAAGAUUGGAACUCGGCCUUUGCUAAGUUCGAGGCCGACUUCUUGUCCGACAAAGAUGUGCGGCAGUUGACUAUCAUCCAAUUAAAGAAGAUGUUCUCGGAUAACGAGUCCAAGGAGUCGCUUCCGACCUCUACGGAUGGCACUAGCGUUGUGUCUGUGGAUACGGACGAGAAAGUCUCGCCACCGACGACGCAAUCUAGUCUGCUCGAGGGGGAUCCUGAGAAAGUUCAAAGCGAGCCAAAUUUGCCCUCCACAGACCAUACCAAGGAGGAGCAGCCUCUGGGCAUAGAUGCGUCCAAUGGAGAAACCAGCGUCAAGCCCUCUCCAGAGGUUGCGCCGCUCGCUGGCACGAAAGAGCCAGAGCACACGCCGGAGCAUUCUCAGCCGACGGAAAGCUCCAGUUCUCCGCCCACAGAGCCCACAGUGAAGGUUUCGAGUCCAGCGCACUCGCCGACCCCGUCGCGCAGCCACUCGAGGCUUGCACCCUUACAGCCAGACUCAUCACUAUCGCUCACUGAGAAGGUGGAGCAGUUACGGCGUCAGCAACAAACAGCCAUAUCUUCGGAUACAUCGAACACGACUGGCAAAGCUGAGGCAAACGGUGACGCGUCGGCGAGAUUGUCGGAACGUGGGUCAUCUCGUAGGCCGGGACUGUCUGGUCCGCCGCCUAUGACGCGUGCUAUCACACAGCCAGUUGGCACCAUUCCCCGUGCGCCUUCUGGGAUUGGCAAGCCGCUCCCAGCACUUCCACCCAAGACAGCCGGGUUGCCUACUGAACCAGAGCAUCGGCGCAUGACCAAAGUCGAGUCCAAUGCCUCCCUCAAAAGUGAGAAGAGCAAGCUCUCCGACCGCUUCAGCAUCUCGAGUCUCAAAAACAAGAAGGCGGGCCAGUCAUCGAUCCCGCGAUACGUUCACACCCACACGACGAAGAAGAGAGACACCAGGGUAUCAAAUCUGGCCAAGCAUUUUGAGCAGCUGAGCCGGGAGUUUGAAAAAGAGCGCAUCCGGGACCGCAACAAGAGGGCCGCCAAGCUGCAGCCCUCUAGAUCGUUCAUGCCGCGAACUUCGGCCAAGGCUAUAGUGGAAGUCUACGAAGAUGUGGACCAGGCCGUACAAGAGCCAGGGCCGUCGGACGAUGACCAUCUACUUGACAGUCAGCAGAGCGGCGCAAAAUCGUCGGAGAGCGCACAGCAGACUGAAACCGCUAUGCCUGAUGAUCAUGCAGGGCCGGCUGGUAGCUCUCUCGAAAAGAGCACGGGUGAAAAGGCAGAGCCUACCUCGCAGCCAGGUGCAGACAAGGAGGCGGAACAGAAAUCAACCAGCCAAGCUGGCACGGACGACGAGGGUGACGGAGCCGCGAGUGAUGUUGAAGGGUCGCUCCUAGAAGAAAUUAUGCCGGACGUCCAAGAGAUCGCCGAGUCACUGGAGUCGAGCGAAGAGAUGUCACUUGAACUGCCCAAACACCAAAGAUCCAGCCUGAUGAAAAUGCUCACAACCUUCUGGGCCGAACGGUCUGCCAGCGGUUGGCCUCAACUGGACUACCCUUUCAACGUCACGGACCACAUUUUCAUCGAUUCUAAUGUCAUAGUCAGAGAGGAUGAGCCGAGCUCGCUGAUCGCCUUUGCUCUUGGCUCGGAGGACUACAAGAUCAAGCUGCAUGACAUCCAGAAGCAAUGGAAGAUGACCACGCAACACGCAGAUACUGGGGACGAAACGCCGGACGGCAGCAAGUUCGGUGGCGCGUCCGAUUCCGAAGCAUUCAUUAGCGAGGAGGAGCUCGAGAAGAGCCUUUUGCGUGCCACCGGGACACAUUUGAAAUACCAGUUCACCGAAGGGUCUUGCAAGAUGCUCUGCAAGAUUUUCUAUGCCGAGCAGUUCGACGCGCUCCGCCAAAAGUGCGGUGCUGCAGACCGUAUCAUCGAGUCCCUAUCGCGCUGUCUGAAGUGGGAUUCUAAAGGCGGCAAGACAAAGUCUGUCUUCCUGAAGACCCUCGACGACCGCCUGGUCAUGAAGUCUCUCUCGCCGAUCGAGACGUCUGCAUUCCUGCGCUUUGCGCCAGCCUACUUCAACAUCAUGGCCGAGGCCUUGUUCCAUGAUUUGCCGUCUGUCAUUGCCAAGAUGCUCGGGUUCUACCAGGUGAUCAUCAAGAACCCGGCGACAGGCACCGAGAUCAAGCUCGACCUGCUGGUGAUGGAGAAUCUGUUCUAUGACCGCUCGCCGACGCGCAUCUUUGAUCUGAAGGGGUCUAUGAGGAACCGUAAGAUCCAGUCGACCGGCGAGCAGAACGAAGUGUUGUUGGACGAGAACAUGGUCGAGUACAUUUACGAGUCGCCGCUCUUUGCGAGGGAGCACAGCAAGAAGCUGCUCAGAGCCUCUGUCUGGAAUGACACUCUCUUCCUCGCAAGGCAGAAUGUAAUGGACUACUCGCUCAUGAUCGCCGUCGACGAGAACCGCAAGGAGCUUGUCGUGGGCAUCAUCGACUGCAUUCGCACGUACACGUGGGACAAGCGCCUCGAAUCUUGGAUCAAGGACCGUGGAUUCGCAGGCGGCGGCCGCAACCGGCCGACCGUCACAUCUCCCAAGGAGUACAAGUCACGGUUCAGGGAGGCCAUGGCGAGGUAUAUCCUCCAGGCGCCGAAUUGUUGGCAUCACUUUGGCGUACCGCACCCUGGUGCAGUCGGAGGAAGUGCGGGUCCCACGCCCGGUCUGGCACAGAUGGCGCGAUUCGAGGCGGAUGUGUGA